AUGGGAGUUCAAAUACUUGGAACUGAGCCUCAUUGCAAGUCUAGCCUCGACCGAAGAACACCAACGCCGCGUGCAGGCCACACGGAAGAUCUGACGAAAGGCUACAACCGAACGGAUGCCCGCAAAGAUACAAACAGCAAUGAGGGCUGGGACGCUCUACAAGAACGUGCGUCAUCCAGGGAUCAGUUUUUCGUAGAGCUUCACAUCAUAUCCGAUAGGAAGCACCAGUACAGUUACAAGUCAAACGAAGAGUUAAUCACUUAUAUGGCUGUCAUGACAAAUGCUGCGAACUUGAGGUACCUGGACAUGGCACACCCUAAAAUCAAGUAUCAAGUUUAUUCUUGUGGGCGUGACAAGGGUGAAAUGUGA